GGAGACAUCCGCCAAGGCCCGCUUCCGGGAGGAAGUGACGCUCCCAGCCAGCUUCCGGUCCAGGAGACUCGGCCCCACCUCUGCGCCGGGCAGCUUAAAGGGACCACGACCCCCAGGAGGAUUGAAGGAGACCGGGAGGCUGCCGGCGUGGACCGCGGGAAGGCGGGGCUGGGGCUCGGCGGGAGGCCACCCCCGCAGCCGCCCCGGGAGGAGCGCGCCCAGCAGCUGCUGGACGCGGUGGAGCAGCGGCAGCGGCAGCUCCUGGACACCAUCGCAGCCUGCGAGGAGAUGUUACGGCAGCUGGGCCGCCGGCGCCCGGAGCCGGCUGGUGGCGGGAACGUCUCAGCCAAACCCGGAGCGCCCCCCCAGCCGGCUGUCUCCGCCAGAGGCGGCUUUCCAAAGGAUGCUGGCGAUGGAGCUGCGGAGCCCUGACCAUCCCCGAGCAGAAUACCCUGACUUCUCUCCCUCCCCAGGGCCGGUGGCUGGACUCUGAACAACUCCCUUCAGUAAAGGGGCCAGUCUUCACUGGCAGUGGCUGGUACUUGGCUCUCAGCCUGGAGUGGCAGCUCUGCUAGCAGCUGGGUUCACUCCCACUUCAUCCUGGCUGAAAGCAGUGCUGUGCUUUGAAAUGCAGCCAAUGAAUACCCAGUCUGAUUACCCAGAUCUGGGCAGACCAGCAGUGCUCGCCAGAGUGGUCUGGCCUGCUAUGGGGGAUCCAGGUGGUGUUACAUGUCCAUUUCAUGCUUUGGGGGCUUUUAGCCCCACAAAACACCUUCAGCAGAGCCUUGAUUAAAAGGAAACCUGCAGACUCUC